GUCCUCCUAAACAGAGUUGAAAAGUGGAAAACAGAGAGAAGGGUUGCUGGUCAUCACUCAGCUCUGCUCAACUCGCAAGGCACCACAAUGGCGAUGGCUUUCAAGAUGGCGACUACUGGAAUGUGGGUGGCGGAUGAGUGCAAGAACUCGUUCAUGGAGAUGAAGUGGAAGAAGGUGCACAGAUACAUAGUGUUCAAGAUCGACGAAGGGUCCAGGGUGGUCACCGUGGAUAAGGUGGGCGGCGCCGCCGAGGGCUACGACGAUCUCGCCGCCUCACUCCCCAACGAUGACUGCCGAUACGCCGUCUUCGACUUCGAUUUCGUCACCGUCGAUAACUGCCGCAAGAGCAAGAUCUUCUUCAUUGCAUGGUCACCAACGGCGUCGAGGAUAAGAGCAAAGAUGCUAUACGCAACGUCAAAAGAUGGGCUGAGGAGAGUGCUGGACGGUAUCCACUAUGAGUUGCAAGCCACGGAUCCAACUGAGAUGGGAUUUGAUAUUAUUAGAGACAGGGCCAAGUGAACAUACGCAUCAUGGCAAUCAACAUUGGUGCUGCUUAUUAUAAUUAAGCUAAGGCCACCAGCUAAUUAUAAUCAUUUUGUCCUUAAUCAUCACAUGUGCUCUUCCUCUCUUCACUUGGAUUCUGGCACCAAUGCAUUCUCGUCCAAGUGGCGACUCUUAUACAUGUAAUGCUCAUAAUUAUUUAUAUAUCCAUGAAUCUGUCGGGUGCUUGCCGUAA